CUGUGAAAAACAGUGCUUAUUAUUAAAAUGCAAAGCCACCCACAACUUCUUCGAAGACCUUUACCUCCCAAACUCCCUAAGCUGUCUUUAUGUAAGAAGAAACCCCGCACAGUCAAAGCUGCUGAAACAAAGCCACCACGUGCACGGUUUGUUCAAGAUAAAACCAUUUUAACUGAAAGAGAGAAAACUCGUUUUCCUGAUGUUGUUUCAGGAAAUCAAUCACAACCCCCUGUCAAUAUCCAAAAUCUCCAUCUUGAUCAUCAUGUACGAGAAAGAGUGACUACUCUUUCAACACUCAAGAAAACUUCUAAGAACGUCUAUUGGCACAUUCCAGAGACUGCUACUGGUUCCAUAUUUUUCCCAAUGUGUCCUUCAGCUUCAAGUCGAGUUUUUGGGAAACAAAUAAGCAAGAUAGAAAGUUCAAGAAAACCAGAAGAGCCAUCAAAAAUAAAAAAUACUUACGCCGAUAAUAUUUUUAAAGACAUUAUGAUUGUCUCCUCAGAGUUCCCCAGACGUCCCUGUGCCCCUUCUUCAACGCCUACUCCCAAACUCAAGGAAGUUCACGCUGAGCAUCUACUUUUAUGCAAGAGCACUACCUACAGUUUUAAGCAGCCCCUGUUGCGUCUAAGUGCGGCAAUCCCUGUCCCAAGGACUACACCUGUUAAAGCAGAAGGACAGUGGUUUCACUGUUUACAACAAAAGCAGGCAGCAACACUAACUAUUAGUGAUUUUCCAGGUCCCGUUUUCAUACCGUUACCAAUUUUACCCAGGAAACCUCUAAGACAGUCUGUGAUAGAAACUCGUGUAGCACAACAUGAACGUAAAGAAAGUAUCCCGAAGCAAAGCAUGCUAAGCCUACCUGAAGGUAUCAAGUCAAAAAAGAUAGAAACAACAGUGACACAUACUAUACAAGGUGAAGGCUUUAAAACUGUUGUGGCAACACGAUAUGAAACGAUAACAGCCAUGGCCAACCUGGCCACAGUAAACUGUCAGAUAUAUGGGAGAAAUGCGCUUAAUCUUAAGGGCUUUUUUCUACUGUAUUGUCCAGAUUUAACACCUUUGGCUUCCCAGUUGGUAUAUCUUAAUUUAUCAUAUAAUAACAUCUUUUACUUUCCCACAGAAAUAUUUUGUCUUAGAAAUUUACAAAUACUGAUUCUGAGAAAUAAUCCUAUCAAAGAAAUCCCUUCUAACGUUCAACAACUUAAGUUCCUUAGAACUUUCAACAUUGCCUUUAAUUUGAUUACCACUCUUCCACUUGGGUUAUUUUACUUGUUUAAUCUUGAGAAACUUGAUAUUUCCUAUAAUAGCAUUGCUUUUAUUCCAAAUGAAAUCCAGAAACUCAGAUCACUUAAAAAACUGAUUGUUGAUGGGAAUGAACUGACUACUUUUCCACCUGGAAUUUUGAAGCUGACCCUGAGAAAAAUCCUAUUUGAGAAUAAUUUCACUCAUCCUACUCUUUGGAAAGAGAAUUCUGUGAAUAGUCCACAGCGCCUUACUCAACUUACUUCUUUGUUCUUUUUAAAGAAUAAUCUACUUAUGUAUUAUACUGAGAUUCCGGAGAAAAUUCAAAAGUUACUAAAAUGCACGACCAGAUGUGAAUGGUGCCGUGGUCCAAAGUUUGGUGAAGGUUUUUGCAUCAUCCGAUCCUGUAAUAUUUUUGGAGCAACACAGCUUCCUGUUCUAUAUCAUGUCUGUUCCUCCUCCUGCUAUAGAAAAGUAAAGGAAAGUAGUGUUGCUUCAGCUAGUGUUUCUGGUAAAGAACAUCUCUAA